AUGCCUCCACUCGCCAUGUUGAUUUCGCGGACGCCGAACUUCGCCGCUCAAAGUUGUUAUCCGUGCCCUGCGAUCGAGAUUGAUGGGGAAUUCUAUGCCCGUUAUGCCCCGAUAUUAGCGGACCGCCCAGCGAAAAGGCGAGUUUUCCGAGGUUACCGACCGUUGGUGACAUGUCUCGGUACUGUGACCGAGUCCGAGAUCAGCCCGCAACCCGCCCGUGCGGAAGCGGAGCAGCUGCAGGUCCUGACUUUCGACCUCCGGAUCGCUUUUGUGCAGCUUUCGAGGCUGCGAGUGCUCGGUACAGGCCAAGUCAUGGGCAUUGAAACAGAGCCGUACAUGAGGUGGAAAAUCGGGAACCAAGUUUGGCAACCGGAUUUUCGCGCCACAGGUGCGGAGAGCUUCAACUUCGUGAUCUAUGACCCUGAGCAGCAUCUGACCGUCACUCUUUGGGAUCGCGACCUCUUGAGUCAGGAUGACCUCAUGGGCGAAGCCCAGACGGUGGCCGCAGUCAAGGCGGUGAAUCUCUCCGACACUGCAGUGCCCCUCAUAUGUCCAGGGGAUCACUCGGAAGAGACCCGGCAAGCCGGAACCUUCAAAGCAAAGAUCGAGCUGCUGAUCACUGCGCCUGGUCAUCAAUCCCAAGAAGGAUUUGUUUGCGUUGUGCGUGUUCGGGAGCUGCUGCAGGCUGGGAAACUCCAAAAGACGAAAGCCUGUACUGUUGUUGGCAUCUUCAUGUUCGUUUGUUUUCCAUUCCUAUGUUGA